AUGGCGCACGCCGCCAACCGACGAUCCACCUUGGCCUCGGUCGAUGCCAAUCAAAACUACGGCCAGGGCUCUGCCAUCCCCGUCCCCUCGUCGGCCAUCAAGGCCGUAAAGACCUUUGGCGCUGCCGGAGGCUAUCAGCCGCGCCAGUCGAUGCUCCCGCAGCAGACGCACCAGCCUCGACACUCGAUGUUGCCGCCCUCCCAGCAGUCGGCCCUCUCGCAGUCACAGCAGCUCACGACACCCCAUCACCUCGGUCAGAGCGGAAGGAGGGGCGAUGCUGGCAUGUACGCCAGCAGGCAGAGCAUCGCCUCGGCGGGCAGGCAGAGCAUGGCACAGCCAACACCAAACCACCGCAAGUCGAUCGGAGGCCGUCUGUCGAUCGCGCCGGGAAACAUGGCCAACACGGCCAGCUCGAGCGUGCGCGAGACUCGUCCGAUCAAGGACAAGCACUACAAGAACCGCAUGGGGGCGGCGGUCAAGGAACAUCUUGAGCGAACCGGCUUCACCAUGGCCGGGUGGGACCUCAACAAGGGCGUUCACGAGCCAACCCAGUCGGCCUUUACCGGCAUGUUCAAGCACAUCUACUCGACCUGCAUCGACGAGGGCUUCAAGAUGGGCAGCGACGGCAAAAAGUUCGAGGACGAGGUGCUGACGCUGAUGAAGGAGAUCAAGUACCCGGCCGCCGACGAGCUCAGCAAGACGAAACUGACGGCGGCGGGAAGCCAGAGCAACUGGCCCUACUGCCUCGCCAUGCUCGAGUGGAUGGUCAACCUGGGCACCUCGGCCGACCACAUCGGGGCCGGGCCCGUCUCGCGCGUCGACGAGGACGAGGACCUCCAGUCGCUCUUCUUUCCUUACCUCUGGAAGUGCUACGACCGCUUCUGGGAGAACCAGGACACGUAUCCGGAAGAGUUUGAGGAGCUCGAGUCGUGCUUUGAGCGCAAGAACGCCGCCAUCGAGCAGGAGCUCAAGCAGCUGCAGGAGGAGCACGAGAAGCUGUCGGCCGAGCUGGCGCAGUACACGGGCAGCGCGACGCCGCUGGCGACCGAGCAGCGGGAGAACGAGAUGCUCGUCGGCGACGUGACCAAGUUCAAGCGCUACCACGACGACGUGCUGGUGCCCAAGCUCGAGCGGACCAAGAAGGCCAACGAGCGGCUGCUCGACGAGAUCAGGGAGACGGAGGUCGAGAUCCAGACGCGGCGGCACGAGGGCCAGGAGCUGCAGCGGCAGGUUGACGCGCAAGAGAUGUCGGCCGAGGAGUACGAGCGGAUGGCGACGGAGCGCGACCGGCUCCACAAGCAGCUGCAGGACCUGGCGGAUCUCAACAAGAAGUCCACCGAAGACUGGUACCGCCUGCAGCUCAGCUUCACCAACAAGCAGCACGCGGUCGAGAAGCGGAUCCGCGAUUUUAACCCGCUGGCUAUCAAGAUCAAGCUGUUCCCCCUCGAGCUCGCUUCGGGCAGGGUGCUGCACGAGCUCGAGCUCAGCCCGGGCAACCCAUCGACGAUGCUGCUGCCGGGCAUCGACGUCAAGGGCAUGCUGCGCCCGCGGGUCGAGGUGCUCCGCUCGCACGCUGCCAGCCAGUACCGCGACGCGUCCAACAAGCGCCUGCACCAGCAAGAGAAGCUCGAGGAGAUCAACGAGCGCGUCAACACUUCCAAGCUCGAGCUGGUCGAGGAGGAGACCAAGCUGAGGACGCUGCGCGAGCAGGCAGACGAAGCGGCCAAGACGAGCGCCAUGGUAACGGAGCAGAACGCCAACGACCAGCAAAGGACCGAGCUCAGCAUCAACCAGGCCGACUCGUCGAGCCGCACCGUGCUCAACCAGGCCGAGUCCCGCCUCGGUGAUCUUCGCCUCAAAGCGGACCAGCUGGAAGAAGAGGUGGAGCGCAAGCGGUCCCGGAUGGACGACGAGAUGCUCACGUUUGUCGUGCUGCUGAGCAAGAUGAAGGGCGACGUCGCCAACCAGCUGCGCGAGGUCCAGGCGCAGGUCACGCUCAAGAGUCGCGACGACUAG